AUGUCACGAGGCGGUGGUUUCGAUUUCAAACAUCUUGAGGAAGAAGAUGACACAGACAUUGGUGAGCCUCACCUUCAACUAGAGCUGCAGCCUCAUCUGACAACAUACAACAAAAAUAACUACAUCGGUAGCCCAGCCACAGAUGUAGUGACUGCAGACACAAAUAAUACAACAGACAUUGAAGCAUUCACUAAUGGCAGUCAUAAACAUUCUGAACCAAACAAUGUCAGUAAUUCACAGCCAAGUUCAGCUCAAGUGCAGCCCAAAGUUCAUAUUCAGUACAGCGCCACAGAUGGUAAGGUCAAUGUCUUGCAAGGUCAGGUGGUGACAAGACCUGAUGGAUCUCGCUAUAUUAACACCCGAGGAAUUCAUCAACACUGGUCAGAAUUAGAACGUCCCCUCCGUCAGAAAAAGAUCAAACUUUUGAAGAUAUUCUCCAUUCUUGCAUGCAUUGCCUUCUUUCCUUUUGGAAUUCUUGCAGUAUAUUUUGCCUUCAGAACCGAGAGAGAAUUAAAUGAAGGAAUUAUGAAAGGAAAUAUUGACAGGGCUCAGAAAUUUGCCAAACGCGCAGAGAAAUUAAUAAUGAUUUCGCUCCUAAUGUGCCUUGUGAUUGUAGCUCUGGUUGUGGCACUGGUUGUGGGAGCUCAUAGACGAGACUCUCUGCUUAGAGGUCCCAUCAUGGGUUGA